CACCUCAGCGCGAACAUGACAAUUAAAAACCGAAAUUCGCCGUUUUCCACAUUUUCCCACUGUUGAUCUCUACUUCAAUUAAUGGGAAAUAAUGCGAGCCGUGAUCAAAAAGUAGAGGGCAAAGGAGAACGAAGGAAACGAAAAGCACUGUCAACAGCUGUGAAUAAAGUUGCAAAUAACUUUGGUACGAGCUCGACGACAGUAGCAGCAGUUAUAGGCGGACCCACCCCGAUAGGACACCGAGUGGUUUUACACGACCAAGCGACACCAUUAUCAACCUUGAACGGACUCAGCAUACCGCGACCUUCAGCAGUUUCAUCAAAAUAUAAUCACAGUAGAGGGUCUUCUCUAGCAAGCGACGAUAUGUCGCCUGUAAGUACACCUUCGAACUAUUCACCUGGAUCCCUUCCACGUACAUUCGGCACGGAGGCUGGAAGCCAUGGCAGUCUUGUGAUUGGAGAUGAAAUGGGAUAUCUUAUUCUUGAAGGGAAACGGUCUAUCGACCGUCGUAUUCCACGAUCCGAAAAAAUUAUGAAUGGGUCCAAGCUAAUGGAAGCAACAGCAAAUCCGUCUACUAUAUAUGACUAUCAAGGGCCAAAAGAAGUCGAUCGACAGCUACGCCAGCAUUAUCUCUUCAAGCGAAUAUUCAACGGUAACUUUGCCGUUCCACUAAAGAACCCGACGUACAUAUUAGAUAGUGGAUGCGGUACCGGGUUAUGGGCCCACGAGAUGAGCCAAGAGUUUCCAAACGCCAGUGUCGUUGGGCUGGAUCUGACACCACCGGCGAAGCAUCAUCGACUGAAGGAUGAAAGACUUUUAUAUGUUCAAGGCAAUGUUCAUAAUCAACUUGAAUUCAUGGACAAUUCGUUUGAUUUUGUAUAUCAGCGAGACAUGGCAACAGUCAUACCUUUAGGACGAUGGAUGCAGUUGAUCGAGGAAUUUUACCGAGUUUUGAAACCGGGUGGAUGGCUGCAAUUGGUCGAAUAUGACCUUCCGUUCAAAUGCCCCGGGCCGGUUCUCAGCCUGAUCAACGACUGGUUUGAGAUUGCGUCGAACAAGCUGGACAUUAGUCCCCAGUACGCUUCCAAUAUCAAAGAUUUUUUAAGAGAUGCCUGCUUUCAAGAUAUUCAUGAGCAAGUAUACGAUAUACCCAUUGGAGAGUGGCCAGAUGAUCCAAUACAAAAGGAGUUUGGAUUCUUGUACAGAGAGCAACAAAAGAUUUUAUUCAAGUCGAUGAAGAAAUGGUGGCUAGAAGAAAUUCAUGUAUCUUCCGAGGAUUAUGAUAGAGUUUGUCAAGAAGCGUUGAACGAGUUUGAUGAGUAUCAUAGUUUUGCCCGAUGGCGAGUUUUUACUGCUAGAAAGCCUUUAUAAGCGCCUCUCUAGAUUGUGUCCGAUGAAAUCAUUGGUCAAGAUAAAUAUAUAUAAUUUUGCUGCCUCAGAGUCCGAGA